AUGUGGACUCCGGUUUAUUACACAAAGGACACAUGGUGCUGGGAUACGGCUGGGUCAGUUGACUCCGGGCUUGUCGGGGAUGGUAUUCCGAGUUGGUUCCGAGUGAGGUUGGAGUGUAUCGCCGAUAUGCAAACUAGCAACUGCGAUUCAACUGGCAGCAUUCCUCUCAUCCAGGAGCAACAUCGACUUUAUCCAUACGUGGAACCAUCUCAGCACUUCCAGAAGCAAAGCAUACAGCCACUACCGGAACCAUACAACAUUGCUCCAGAUAACAUCCCAAGUUUCAUCUCACAUCACCAACCCUCCUCAAUCCCCUCCAAACCACGUCCAUUCAAGCAGACCAACUCCACAUCUCCCUCUCUUCAGUCUAGCCAAAAAUUCCAAGGGCGCCAAUGCAAGAGAUCGGAUCAAACCGCGAUCUCCAUAUGCCUGAACUCUCCUCACCUCCAAUACCACCCUAUCAACCCCAAUAAGAGCCCAGAUCCGGGGAUAAGCAAAGCUGUCACGUACAGCAUCUCAUACACUACCACCGUGAUUCUCCUGCCUUGAGGAGGGGUAGAUGUAGAACAACUGCUAUCUCACAUUUCAGGGGGGAACGUUGCUUUGGUGGUCGUUGCACAUUGUGAUAUGAUACACUUAUCAUCCUGGGACAAGCUUUCUCCCUAAACCAAACAAAUCAGAUAUACCACACCUCCAAAGCUAUAUAACUUCCCGCGAUGCCAAAUUGUGAUGGCGGCUAUACGAGACACGUAACUAAAGUAGGGCCAGGGAGGGUGGGCUUGCAUGAGCGUUCAGUCACGUUAUUUCAUCCCUUUCCUAUCAUCCCUUAUCCUCCAGCGUUCGCUUAUUAUAGUAAGUUGACUCACAUUUUGUGACAAGCAAACAUGAUUUUCGCCGCCCGCUGGAAAAUAAACGAGUAGGCAUAACACGAGCUUUUUGACAUUUGAGGGGGGGGGAAGAAAGUGUGAGUUGUGACGGCGACAGCUUACAGGCCACAAGACAGCCAAUCAGAGCUGGGGAUCACUUACACGUUUUUGCUUGGCGGUGAUUCGUUCGUUUUUUUGCAGGCUGCCUUUUCUUGCGAUGACCCCCGCGCACACACAAAAACCUUUUGCAAAUGAAAAAUAGUU